AUGUCUGAUCACUUGAAUCCCAUCACUAGUAUUUCUAGUGCAUAUAGUCACAAGCAAGUUGAAGACCAUGAGGUCGAUUUAGCUGCCCUUAACUCUAGAGCAAUAUCAAUUGGUGAUGUAGGUACCUCUUUAACCAGUGACCAAAAGCUCUUCAUCUUGCAAAGAUUGAACUAUGAAAAAUUGACAAGUCUCGAAGAUCUUCCUAUUGGUGCAAUAUUUAUGAUUGAAAAGAUCGAAAAUUUGGAAAUUACCGAUGCUCUCGAAAUCUUAAAGGAAGUGAUUGUUGAUUUUGAUGAUGAUUUCAAUUUCCCAGAGAGAGAUUUAGAUUUAAUCAAAAGAUUGAUCGCCUUAACUCCCCUAAACGAAGAGAAGCCUACUAAGUCUAAACUUGAGCACCAUUUCGAUACGAAAGUUGAAGAAAAGAAAUUCCUCACGAGUGCACAGGAAAUCUAUGUUGAGGAUGAGAACAUCUUAAAUGGGGAUGUUCACAAGGCACAUGAAAUUGUCGAUUGGCACUUACAGGUUCGUUUAGAAGCGGCGAUUAAUGCUUAUCAUUCUCCAUAUCCAGAAGUUAGAUCGGUGACAGAUCCAUAUGACGAUGAAUCUAUUCCUUGUGAAACUUUUAGAGCCUACGUAAUUGGAAUUAUUUGGCUAGGAAUCGGUUCCUUUAUCAAUCAAUAUUUCGCCGAAAGACAACCUGGUAUAGGCUUGGGUGGGUCUGUUGCUCAGCUUUUCAUGUAUCCAAGUGGUGAGUUAUGGUAUCGUAUUUUUCCCAAUAUUACUAUUCCACUUGGUAAAUACUCAUUUGGAUUGAAUCCUGGACCAUGGACAUAUAAAGAACAAAUGUUUGCAACUGUGAUUUUUUCAGUCGCUGCUGGUGGACAAUAUAUUUCAAGUAAUAUUUAUACUCAGAAGAUGGAAAUGUUUUACGGAAAUCAGUGGGUAACUUGGGGUUAUCAAGUCUUAUUAUCACUUUCUACGAACUUUUUAGGUUUUGGAUUUGCCGGUGUGUUAAGAAGAUUCGCAUGUUAUCCUGUUAAAGCGAUCUGGCCAACCUUACUACCAACACUUGCUUUAAAUCGAGCUUUAUUGAGUCCUGAAAGAAAAGAAAAUAUCAAUGGGUGGACCAUAUCGAGAUACUACUUCUUUUUCAGCACAUUUGGAGGAUCGUUCCUUUACUUUUGGUUCCCUAACUAUUUGUUUGGUGCAUUAUCAUAUUUUAAUUGGAUGACUUGGAUUAAACCUGAUAAUUUUAAUCUUGCAAUGAUUACAGGGAGUAUCAAAGGUCUCGGAUUGAAUCCAAUUCCAAGCUUUGAUCUUAACAUCGUUCUUGGAAGUGCAUUGGUUGUUCCAUGGUAUAAUCAGAUUAACUCAUACACUGGAAUGUUGAUUUCAAUGCCAAUCAUCUGCGCCAUAUACUGGACAAAUAGUAAAUGGACUGGAUACCUCCCAAUCAAUUCUAAUGGUUUAUUUGAUAACACUGGAAGGCCAUAUUCUGUCAGAAAAAUUUUAGACAAAAAAGGUAUAUUUGAUCAGCAAAAGUAUGAUCAGUACGGACCUCCAUUUUAUUCUGCCGCUAAUUUAGUGGUUUAUGGUACAUUCUUUGCAAUUUACCCAUUUUCUGUAUUUUAUGAAUCAAUAAUUAGGUGGAGGGAAAUCAAAAAUUCUUUUAUCAAGGCAUAUGACACUAUUAAGGAUUAUAGAAAACCUAUUCUAGAGACCAUGAAUGAUCCACACUGCAGAAUGAUGUCACGUUAUAAAGAAGUCCCAGAGUGGUGCUUCCUGAUUAUAUUAGUGAUCUCAAUAGUUUUAGCGAUUUUAUGUGUGGAAUUGUAUCCAACAGAAACGCCUGUCUGGGCAAUUUUCUUUGCAGUCGCUAUCAAUUUUGUGUUCUUGAUUCCAUUAACUUUACUUGCUAGUUCCACAGGAUACAGUUUUGGUUUAAAUGUCUUGGUCGAAUUGAUUAUUGGAUAUGCUCUCCCAGGUAACUCUCAAGCUUUAAUGAUUAUCAAGGCAUUUGGUUACAACAUUGAUGGACAAGCUCAAAAUUAUAUCUCAGAUCAAAAAAUGGCUCACUACGCAAAGGUCCCGCCUCGUGCUCUCUUUAGAGGUCAAAUAAUUGCAGUAUUUAUAGGAAGUUUUAUUAGUUUGGCAGUUGUCAAUUGGCAGAUUGAUAGCAUGAAAGAUCUUUGUGAUCCUACCAAUAGACAAAAAUUUACAUGUCCUGGUACAAGGACAUUUUUCUCUGCAUCAGUGAUUUGGGGUACUAUCGGUCCUAAAAGAGUUUUUGGAGGAUUAUAUCCUGUUUUACAGUAUUGUUUCUUAAUUGGGUUCUUAUUGGUUUUCCCAGCUCUUGCUUUCAAAUGGUAUGCUCCAAGAAAAUGGUCUAGAAACUUUCAACCAUCCAUUUUUAUCGGUGGAUUUAUGGGUUUCGCUCCGUAUAACUUGAGUUACUCCACAGGCGGUUUGUAUUUAUCUUAUUUAUUCAUGGUUUACAUUAAAAAGAGGUACUUGACAUGGUGGGAAAAGUAUAAUUUCAUUCUUUCAAGUGGUCUUGAGGCUGGUAUGGCUUUUAGUGGAAUUAUCAUAUUCUUUGCUGUGCAGUAUCAUGAUAAGUCAAUCUCUUGGUGGGGCAAUAAUGUCUCUUAUGAAGGGAUUGACGGAGGAAACCCUCCACAGUCUCGACUUUUUGCAGCAGAAGAUGCACCCGAUGGCUAUUUUGGUCCCAGAAUCGGUCACUUUCCAUAA